GCUCUCCAGCACCAGCAGCGCAAAGCAGCUUGAAGUGCUUCUGCAGUGAGUAACUAUCACAAUUCAUACACCUGUUGUGUUGGGGUCCGCUGAUUGACAAGCACAGCCCGCCCCUUGCACUUGUCCGUUUAUUGUAAUUGGUUCGACACUGGGGUAUAUGGAAAUUCCCCCGCUCGACCCUUGGCUCACACCUCACCGUCGCCAGUCGGCAGGAGAAUGCGCAAGGCCACAGACGUAUUGUAAACCCAGCCCGGUCUCUCUCACACUGCCAGAGACAGCUGCUUCCGUUAACCGGCCGCCACCGGUACACCACCCUCACCCCACAACAACUCCAGAGCUCCUGUGAAGAGGCCGACAACAUGCCGCGAUCUUUUCUAGUGAAGAAACACCAGAGCAGCAAGAAACCAAAGUAUGGAAGACUGACUUCAAAGACUGAGGAGGCCCCCUGCAGCACCCACGAAGAUUUACGGCUGCACAUUGACAUCCCCCCUCACCAUCGCUGUUCACCCCCAAGUCCACAGCACCGGCAGUCUCUCUCCUCCUCUUCCUCCCUCAGAGCAGAUCGUUUGCAUCUCUCAUCUUCUCCAAACACCUUCCCUCUCUCCUGUUCAGGUCACUGUUCAGAUGCGUUCAGUGGAAGGCCUAUAGACAACUAUAAACCAGCUGAAUCGUUUACCAAAGUAAACCUUGAAAUCCAGUGUGUUACAGGAGAACACAGGAGGAGUGAGAGCUUCCUCCCUGAAUCCCUCCCUCUCCUGGCCCUCUUUCCAGCCAUCCCUCCUGGCGGCAGUGGCCAGGAGAGCCUCAAGUGUUUGGACUGUCAUAAACAGCACUUGAGCUUCUCAGGCCUGGCCGUACACAAGCAGCUCCAGUGUGAGUGGAGCAGCAAGAAGUACUUUAGCUGUAAGUACUGUGAGAAGGAGUACAACAGCCUGGGAGCACUCAAGAUGCACAUCAGAACACACACACUGCCCUGUGUGUGUAAACUCUGUGGCAAGGCAUUCUCCAGACCCUGGCUGCUUCAGGGACAUAUACGAACACACACAGGAGAAAAACCAUUCAUUUGCUUUCACUGCAGCCGAGCCUUUGCUGACCGAUCCAACCUGCGAGCUCACCUCCAAACCCACUCUGAAGUGAAAAAGUACCAGUGUGCAAGCUGCUUCAAGACUUUCUCCAGGAUCACCCUGUUAGCCAAGCACCAGGAGGUAGGCUGCCCACUGUCCUGACAGCCUGUAACCAUCAACCUGCUCUAGCAUACUGUCAGACAUAAAAGACCCACUAGGAUCUUUGCAAAACCUAGUGUGUAGACGACAAAGCCCCAUGCAUGAACAGUGACAUAUAAUGUGUCAUGUGAUUACACUUUUUUCAAAACAAUGAUUUCUCACAGCAAGCCUGAAAUGAAUGAAGAAAAGCACCCAUACACUUAAAUCUGUGUAAUUUUUUUUUUUUUUAUAGCAGAAUAUAGAAUAUUUGUUGCUCCAUUGUACAAUGAUAAUAUUAGAAAUACCUUUGCAUAGAUUUGAUUGUGCAUUUGUUUUUUUUAUGUAGUUUGAUUGUUUUUAGCUCCAGAACUUCAGAUAAGUCUGAAACUUGAUGUUUGCAUUUCUCUUUUUCUCAACAGUAGAAGAAAGCUUGUUUAUGAACAUUGGGGUACAACCCCAUUCCCAAAAAAUUGGGAUGCUUAUUUUCUAAUCCUUUUUUGGCAUAUACAUAAUUGAGAACAGUAUACAGACAAUAUAUUUAAUAUUUUACCUCAUCAUUUUUAUUGACUGUUUAUUGACAGAAUAUAUAUGCUUAUUCUGAAUUUGAUUCCAGCAACACAUUUUAAACAUUUGGGACAGGAGCAGUGAAAUGCUCCAUAUAUUUGGAACAUAGGUAAACAGAUUCAUUGGUAAUAGCUGAUAGUAUCAUGAUUGGAUAUGAAAGGGACACUCUCAAAAGGCUCAGUGAUUUCACCAUGCGAGAUUCACCACUUUGUGAAACACAUGAUUGUGUAAAUGAUAUUACUACAUUGGCUCAAGAACACCUGCCUGUGAUUACUAUUGCUGGUGUGGAGGCAUAAUGUUUUCAGGUGUUCUGCCUGUCUGUCUGUCUUUUCUGUCUGCUUUUUGUGAAUGCUAUAUCUCGGGAACCGCUUGAGGGAAUGUCUUUAAUGUCAGAAACUAGACUGACACAAGCACAAGCACUUUAAGUCAGGUUAAGCACCCACUGUAAUGGACUGUCCAAAAUGGACCCGCUGUAAUGGACACUCGUAACUAGGCCUGUCUCGUUUAUCACAGUUGCCUGAUUGCAAUAACUUCAGUUGACUGUAAUCAUUUUACAGGAUAUCCAAGGGAAAUUUAAGUUCAGUUUGUGAAAAAAAACAUGAAAUGCCAUAUUUCACGUAUUCCUCUGUCUGAAAUGUUAUUUUUUGCUCUUUAUAAUUACAUCAUCUCAUUGUGACCUCUUCUAUUGGGUAGGACAUUCUCUUUCAGCUCAUAUUGCUUGAAAGAAAGAUGAUGGCAGAAAUGUGCCAAUAGCAGUCUGCCCUGUAGUUGCAGCUGUGCAUUUGACAGCUCUGGGUGCUUUGAUGCUGAAUUUGAGUAUUUUUAAAUAAAUUGUAAAUUAUUGUAUUCAGUAUAGGUUAUGAUUUACAGUUAUUUGACAGAGUUCAAAUGUUGAUAUCAUCACUAAAAUAAAAAUACUAAGAUUAUGAUCAAGGAUCCAUAUGGUAAGGUUGUUUCUGUCUGCAAAACAGUCACUCCUGGAACAAUGUGCAAAAAACUCUGACUACAUUUACUGUAGUCAGAGGAAUUAUUUAAUUCAGAGGUGAAUUAUUUUUGUGCUACACCUUAAUAUCAUCAGAACAAAUAGCUGAAUUAAUGUUAAGAUUGCAUUAAUGAUGUUCCUUCUUCAGGCAAACAUAAUAAGACUUGAUGGUCAAAGUCAAAUGGGAAGCUUCUGUCUUAUCAGCAAGUAGCAGAGUGAGUGUUACACAAGUUACUUUAGGUUAGGUACAUCAAAAUAAUGAUUUAUGUCAUGAAGUUGUCUUGUUCCCGUAUAAAACGGCAUUCUGUUUUAAAUAAUCUCAAGCUGUUUUAGAGACCAACGUUUUAAUAUUAGUACUACUGUUAAAAAAAACAGACUUGUUGUAUGCUCUGUUUAACACUGCAUUGUAAUGUAUAUUUUUGUAUUAAAUGACUUGAUAAAAAUAA